AUGUCUGCUAACACAGUCAACAAAAGGAAGCGUACAAGAACGCAGUCACUUCCUCCUCCCGAGCUCCCCAGGCUUAUUGCCGAGCAGCACGUGCCCAUCCCCGCUAGUGACAAAGACACGAAACGACUGAUCGUCGUCCUUUCGAAUGCCUCGCUCGAGACAUACCGCGCAGCCUAUAGCGGCGGGAAGCCGGGCGGCAAAGAAGAAAAAUACUCGCUGUUGAACAGUGAUGAGCACAUUGGUGUCAUGCGCAAGAUGGGCCGCGACAUCAGCGAUGCCCGACCCGACAUCACCCAUCAGUGUCUCCUCACUCUGCUCGACUCACCGAUCAACAAGGCCGGGAAACUGCAGAUCUUCAUCCACACCGCAAAGGGCGUGUUGAUCGAGGUCAGCCCGACGGUCCGGAUUCCCCGAACCUUCAAGCGGUUCGCCGGGCUGAUGGUGCAGCUGCUCCAUCGCCUCUCCAUCCGAUCGGUGAAUUCGCAGGAAAAGCUGUUGAAAGUGAUCAAGAACCCCAUUACCGACCACCUGCCGCCGAAUUGCCGGAAGGUCACCCUCAGUUUCGACGCCGACGUGGUGCGCGUGCGGGAUUAUGUCGACACCCUGGCGUCCAACGAGAGCAUCUGUGUCUUUGUUGGAGCCAUGGCCAAAGGAAAGGACGACUUCGCUGAUGCUUUCAAGGAUGAAUCCAUCAGCAUCAGCAACUACAGUCUGAGUGCCAGCGUGACCUGCAGCAAGUUCUGCCACGCCUGCGAAGAUUCGUGGAACAUUGUCUAG